AGAAAUCUACACAUCCAACACCAUGGCCGUCAUCUCCCACCUCAUUGCCGCUCGCAGCGAGUACGCCAUGGCCCAGCUGGCCAAGCGCGAGAACUGGGCUCAGCGUGAGCCUGGUGUCAUUGUCGUCCUCGUCAUUGUCUUCCUUGUUGCCUGCUUGUUGAUUGGUGUAUUCAUCUCCAAGCGCAUGGGAGCCAACCGCGCCGCAUAAGAUACCCCCGAGUCGAGGAGAAGAGGAGGUGGAUAGGAAGAGUAGAGGCAAGCAAAGACGAAAGCAUUGGAUACCAAACGUGGACUGGCAAGAGCCAUACACCUGUAUAAUGUCUGUGUGUACCAAAUCGGGUUCUGUUAAUGGGGCUUCC